UUUCCCAACCCUAAAACUUCCGGUUCCAAAUUUUCUUCUUUUGGAUCCUUCUCUUGCAGGCACACAUCUUUUUGUUAUUGUCAUUCUCAGGUAGGGUAUAGCCCCUUCCUAAGGGCGCGCACUUGACUCAAGUGCGCGCACUGCGUCCCACCCCUACCAUGGCCUGCCGCCGCCUCCUCCUCCUUCUCCUCCUCUUCCUCUUCCUCUUCCUCGCCGUCCCUUGCCUCUCCAGAUCCGAGGCCGAUAUCCUCCUCCAGUUCAAGGAGUCUUUAGAGAACGCCAAAGGGUUGUUCACCACCUGGAACGCCUCCGUUCCGCCCUGCCUGGGCUAUCGUUCCUUUUGGGAAGGCGUCAUUUGCGCCAACGGCACCGUCCGUGGCAUGAAUAUCAACGACCGGGGACUCAGUGGCAUCAUCGACGUCGACGCCCUUUCCGAGUUGCCCCUUUUCAGAAGCUUUAGCGCUGUCAACAACAGCUUCGAAGGCGACCUCCCGGCUUUCUAUAGACUCGGGGCAUUGAAAAACCUUAAACUCUCCCGGAACAAAUUUUCCGGCGAGAUUGACGACGCCUUCUUUUCCGGAAUGCGGUCUUUGAAGAAGCUUUAUCUUUCCCAUAACAACUUCGAGGGUACCAUUCCCGCCUCCUUAAUCAUCUCCAAGAGGCUCCUGGAACUCAAGCUCAAUGACAAUGCGUUUGAAGGGAAAAUACCUUAUAUGAAGCUGCCCAGAAUUGUGUUUGUCAAUUUUUCAGACAACCAUCUCGAGGGUGAAAUCCCACAAACUUUUUCUCAUUUCCCUGCUUCCUCAUUUCAAGGGAAUGAAGGUCUGUGUGGGAAACCCUUGAAGCCAUGCAUCAUGCCGGAACUUUCGUUGAUAACGUUAAUCAUUGUCGGAAUAGUUGUGGGGGCGGCGGUGUUGGCUAUCUUGGCGGUCAUCAUCAUCCUCCGCCAGCGCAAGCGGGCGGACUCGGAAGAAGGCUCACAACUUCCAUCAAGUCACCGCAGAACGGCCUCAGUUGAUUUAGACCAAUUGGAACAUGCUUCGGUCUGUUCUGUAGAUUCUACCAAAUCCGAACCAGGCCUCAGGCUAACCUUCUUGAGAGAUGACAGAGAGAGAUUCGACUUGGCGUCCCUUCUGAAGGCGUCGGCGGAGAUACUGGGCAGCGGGGUGUUCGGAUCGACGUACAAAGCGGCACUGAACGACGGGCCGGUGUUGGUGGUGAAGAGGUUCAGGCAAAUGACCAAUGUGGGGAAAGAGGAGUUCUAUGAACACAUGCGCCGCCUGGGAUCUCUCGAUCACAAGAAUUUGGUUCCCCUUGCGGCCUUCUACUACAGGAAAGAGGAGAAGCUCUUGGUUGCUGACUACGAACAAAAUGUCAGCUUAGCUGUUCAUCUCCAUGUUAAUGGGAGCGAAAGCCUUGAUUGGGCAAGACGGUUGAAAAUAGUGAAGGGAGUAGCGAGAGGACUAAUGUUUCUAUACGAAGAGCUGCCGGACUUGAUUGUCCCGCACGGCCAUCUCAAGUCCUCAAACGUUCUUCUCGACGCAUCUUUCGAGGCGCUGCACGCCGACUACGGCCUCCUCCCGGUGGUCAACAUGGAUCAUGCUCAGGAGCACAUGAUCGCGUACAAGUCGCCGGAGUACCGGCGGAGCGGCCGGAUUUCCAAGAAAACAGACGUCUGGGCCCUGGGGAUCCUCAUCGUGGAAACCCUCACCGGAAAACUCCCCUCCGGGUUCUUGCAACAAGGGAAGAGCAACGACGCCGACAUCGCCGGCUGGGUCCAGUCGGUGGCCCCGGAAGACUCCACGCCGGAGGUGUUCGACAAGAACAUGAAGGGGAGGACGCCGGAGAGCGAGGGGCAGAUGAUGAAGUUGCUCAAAAUAGGGUUGAGGUGUUGCGAGGUGGAUGUGUUGAAGAGAUUGGACAUGAAUGAGGCUUUGGAGAGGAUUGAGGAAGUGAGGGAGAGAGACGACGGUGACGGCGACGGCGACGGCUAAGACGAAUCUCACCCUGUGUCUUCAAGAGGAGAAUCUGAGGAUUUUGGUAAAGAUUGAUUGAUUGUUUGUUUGAUAGGACAGAUUGGUCGAUUCUAAAACAAACACAGGAGACUUAUUUCUUGGAUAUAUACAUAUAUGUGAUGAUGUAUUGAUUGUUUUUUUUUUCUUUUUCUUUUUGAAGGUAUGGGUGUUGGUGACAAAAGAAAUUUUGAAACCACUUUAUUAGAGUAAAAAAGAUCU